AUGACCGACUCUUUCAAACCCCUCGUCUGCGUCGUCGACUUCAACCACCACCGAGGCCCCGAAGUCGAGCACUGGAUCGGCGCCGAGGGCAGCGAUCCCACCGCCGAGAAUGACUGGCACCUCAUCCCCUACAUGGCCCUCCCCGAUGGGGCGCACCAAAACUCAGAAGAAUUCAGCUACUUCAGUCUGGUACACAAGGCGCGGGCAGGACAAGAUGUGGAACCGACGUCGGUGUUUGGCAUCAGCUGCAUGCACCAGAUCGACAGCGCGGAACUGCUGUUCCGCCCGGAAGAGGUGACGAGGAGUGCCGUGCAGAAGGCGGUGGUGGCUAUCACGGACAAGCCGCAGGAGUUCAGUGCGCUGCGGGAGAAGCUGAGUGCGGUGACGAGCGCGUGGUUUGCGCAGAGGGAUUUUAGGGACAUUGAGAUUCUUCAGCGGUUUCAGGAGAGUUUGGUCAAGGAAGGGAGUAGCCAUGAGGAUGAGAGGGAUCAGUACUUUGGCCUGUCUCUCAGGGAGUUGAUUCACAAGUUCAAGUGGCAGAUACUUGUGCUGUUGAAGUGCAUGUUGCUGCAGAAGAAGAUGCUCUUCUUCGGCUCUAAUUGCGAACGAGUCUGCCAAGUCCAAUUCUCUCUGAUCUCGCUAAUCCCAGGCCUGGUACGCAGUCUCCGCGAUUGCGCAGAUCCCCAGAUGAAUCGCUACGCGGAAUCUUGCACGAGACCCGACUCUGUUCGAACUAGCGACCGAACAUCCUUGCUCGCGUAUGUCGGCCUGCCGCUGCAGCUUUUCGGCAAGUGCUCCAUGUUCGGCCCUUACACGCCGCUACAGCAGCUCGAUAUGAUCACGGAUCUGGAGACGAAGAGCUAUGUCCUUGGCAGCACUAAUAGCUUGCUUUUGCAGCAGAAAGAGCGGUAUUGCGAUUUGUUGGUGAAUUUAGACGAGGAUGCCGUGACUAUACUGUCACCUACGCUUAAAGCGGCGCUUUCGCUGUCAGUGGCGGAUCGCCGUUGGAUCGAUUUCCUUACGCAGGCGGUGAACGAUACGUGGGAUGAGACGGAUCCUUCGAGACCGAGUACGCAUGGAUAUGCUGGGAGCGAGGAGUUCAUUCGACUGCAGUUCGAAGAGUAUCUGAUCGCGCUGAUCUCUGCAACGAAAUAUCACCAAUAUCUGGCCAACCACAGAGACGGCGAUCCGAAGGCUCUACUGGCGGACGUAGAGGGAGAUCCCUCUGCUGAGUUCUCAAAUGCCUUUGUUGAGGCGUGGCAGCAGUCUGAGAACUACAAGUUGUGGAAUCGCACGACAGAUAGCCAGCUCUUCGACAUCGUGGAACCUCGACAUCCUUGCGCCGGCGGCUUGACGAUUGAAGAUGUGCAGAGACGGCUGGCGACGCAGGUAGCUGAGCUGCACCUCGAUGAGCGAUUCAACCAGACACGAGAAGUGGUUGGGAAGAGGCUUGCAGAUGGUCGUGUCCAAGUGACGUCUGCGUUCAACAAAGUAUGGGCUGACAUCGAAGUGAUGCGCGAGGCUCAGCGGAAACGAUCUGAAGAAGCCAGAGCCGCGGCUGCUGCGAACCCUCAACCCGACAAGGGCCAGGCCAAAUUCUCGAAGCCCGAUCUGCAGACGGCGCAAGCAAGUGUUUCGGCGGCAAGCCAAAGAGCUGGCGCGUACUUGAGCUCGUGGGGUUCUUGGGCUGCGGAGAAGAGGAAGAGUGGACUUUGGGGAAAACCAGGUGCAGCUCCGACGAUAUCUGGAGCGGAUGCGGACAGACCUAAGGUCACGACUGUUACUGUGGUUGGGACGACGAGUGGUGUUGAGAAGCCUGAGAAGCAGGCGGGGAUCUGA